AAUAGAUCUACAAAAGUUCGAGAGUAAAGACAAAUAAGAUCGUGAAGAUGGAGGAAAUCAUCACUAAAUUUAAGAUUUUUAAUAGCAAAUUGGCAAUACAUCAUUGUGAUACAUUAAUUAAGGCAAGUGGCCAUAUCUUCUCUGCCGCCGGAUAUAAAUGAAAUCAAAUCUACUACAAGCAUAUAGUAAUCUCUAACGCCAAACACAUGAUGAAAUAUAAUCUAAUCUCACCAUUUACGAUCUGCACCAUAUUACUCUUUAUCUUUACUAUAUUUUGGCUACGGAUCAGAAGCCGUGUAGCUAAAAAAGCACCACCGGAAGCGAGCGGCGCAUGGCCUUUAAUCGGCCAUCUUCAUCUCUUAGGUGGAUCCCAACCACCUCACGUCUCAUUAGGGAUAAUGGCUGAAAAAUUUGGACCCAUCUUCACCGUUCGUUUGGGUGUUCACAAAACCCUAAUCGUAAACAGUUAUGAAAUGGCAAAGCAGUGUUUCACCGUAAACGACAGAGCCUUUGCUUCCCGUCCGAAAUCUAUAGCCUUUGAAAUUCUGGGUUAUAACUUUUCCAUAAUAGGUUUCAGUCCUUACGGUACCUACUGGCGCACAGUGCGCAAGAUAGCAACACUCCAUGUUCUCUCCGCCCAACGAAUAGAGACGCUGAAGCACGUGAUGGAAUCUGAAGUGAAGACAGCAAUGAAAGAGAGUUAUGACUUUUGGUUAAAAACAAGGAAGCAGAAAAGUUGUGAAGAAACUGAAAUGAAGAAAUGGUUUGGAGACAUAGCGAUUAACGUUAUGUUGAGAACAGUUGUAGGGAAACGUUUUGACGGUGAGGAGGAAGAGAAUGAACGGAUCAGAAAAGCACUUAGAGAUUUGUUUUAUCUGAGUGGUUCAUUUGGUAUCUCCGAUGCAUUGCCAUAUUUGAGAUGGUUGGAUUUAGAUGGAAGAGAGAAGGAAAUGAAGAAAACGGCCAAAGAUUUGGAUGACUUUGCUACGACUUGGCUAGAUCAACACAAACGAAGUACUGUUCCGGGAAGUCAACGUGACUUCAUGGAUGUGCUUCUUUCCAACGUUGAUGAAGAUGGUGUUGACGGUCGUGAUGCCGAUACCACAGUUAAAUCAACAUGUCUGACAUUAAUUUUAGCAGGUACAGACACUACAACAGGAACAUUAACUUGGGCAUUAUCUUUACUUCUCAACAACAGAGAAAUCCUAAACAGGGCUGUACAUGAAUUAGAUACACAAAUUGGUGACAAAAAUAUGGAAAUGGAUAUAGAUUUGACAAAAUUGGAGUAUCUCCAAGCAAUUAUCAAGGAAACACUACGUUUGUACCCACCUGCACCACUCAAUUUAGCUCACGAGUCCAUUGAAGAUUGUAUCGUGGGUGGAUAUCAUAUACCUUCUGGCACACGUCUAUUGACUAACAUUUCAAAACUUCAACGAGAUCCUAUGUUAUAUUCGAAUCCAUUGGAGUUUCGACCAGAGAGAUUCCUCACAACACACAAGGAUGUUGAUGUUAAAGGACAGCAUUUUGAGUUGAUUCCAUUUGGUGCGGGUAGAAGAAUAUGUCCCGGAAUCUCAUUUAGCCUUCAACUAAUGCAAUUAGCACUUGCUUAUUUGUUGCAUGGGUUUGACAUAGUGACUCAAGAUGGAGGAGAAGUUGAUAUGGCUGAACAGAGUGGACUCACCAAUGUCAAAGCUUCUCCACUCCAAGUCAUUCUGACUCCUCGUCUCUCAGCUCAAGUUUAUAGUCAAAAUUAAUACUCAAGACUAAGUUCCAUUACAGGAUAAAUAAACUUGAGAUGGUGAUGCAAUUACUAAAUAAAAUGUUGUUUCCACAUCAGCUCUUUCUUCUCUAUUUUUCUUUAUAAUGAAUUUGUAAGAUGAUGCAAAUGAUAGAUGUUGGUCAGUUUAGUUGAGAUUUCAUCUCUUUC